AGAUUAAAACGCACAAGACGGCGAACCUUUACCUGACCAUACACGGCCUUCCCUAGCGAGUUACUCCAGCUUUUACCCUUCAAACAACACCCGAACGUUAUCGUGAUUAAUAUAUUUUCUCCGCACCGGUCAAUACUCGGAAAUACUGAGGACAAACUGUGAAAAGUCCCGCGACAUAUUUCUCGCGGCCUUCAGAAGAUAUCGAACGAGUGGACAAAACAAUGGUGUUUCUAGUGUACUUUUCAUUACUUCUAUAAGAGGAAGCUGUACGGACCAGCGGUGUUUGCUCAGUGGACAGAGAACCCGUGCCGUGUAAGUUUUGGCCUGCUGACAUGUGUAAACACGGAGCCGUUGGAGCAUUUACAUUGUCGAAAGCAACGGUGACGUACGUAUACAGAGAAGAAGUAGAGAGUUUCGAGCCAAGUGAAAAAGGCUCAUUCUAGCAGAACCAGUGUGUACAUUUGUAUGUGUGAGCCGACACAGUAGGGAAAAAUUGAACCUGUGUAUAUAUGUAUAGAUGUAUCUAUACACUGUUGCCUACAGGCCUAGACUUACACACCGUGUAUAUACUUAAAUUUCGUGUUGACAAUUCGGAAAGGUCAGUAGAGAAACCGAGUAUGGUUGACGACCACCUGAAAGUUUAAGCACGGACUUCUCCUCCGAAGGACAUAUCGAUCCAUGUUCCUGCUACAAGCCAACGUGUUACUGGAAAGGUCCCGAAUACGUUACACACGUCCUAUGGAAUGCUUCAGGGGACGAUUUUCGAGAGCUCUUGGAGAAACUGUUGGAUCAUGAAUAGAACCUAUUGUUGGAUUGUUUUCACUUGUACUACCCGUUGUAAUAGGGCUUGAUCGACGGCUCGGCUAUUAUUGUGUUCUACUAUUUCAUGCGCUUUCGAUUAUGAAAAGUGACAGUUGAUUUUUUUUAUCUGGUGUAUUUGUUACAUGGAAAAAAAUAACGACCACGGUACAUAUAAGUAAGUCAGAUUACUUUCCAUUGAUGCUGAUGUCCUUGGGAUAUACAGGAUACGUCAAUGAGAGGGAUAUACGAUAAUCUGCACAGGUGUGAAAGCCAGCAAAAUGACAGAUAUCUCCCCGGACCUGGUAUCCCAGUUUCUUCAAGAGAACCCGGAGUUUCUUGACAACUACGUCAUCAAUAAUGUCGACGAAGCUCGUGUCCAGGAGUGGUCAGUACGCAAAACCAGGUCACCACGGCUGCAUCGACAGACGUGGCAACUCACCAAUGGUGACAAUAGAGAACAUUUCCGGGACACACAACACAGCAAGAGUCGAUGGACGACAACGGUGCAAUCAAACAAAUGGAAGGUGCUACACAAGCUCACAAAGGACUUCAACCUUCACACGAGCCGUUCAGAAAUCCUUACAGAACUUUCUACAUGUGCUAAAAAUUGUGUUAAUGCCGAUGGCUACAAUCUGUAUCUAACAGAUGAACAAAAACAGUUACGGUAUCACACCUCCUUCCCUACAGGCAAGAGAGAGCGAUCCUCGUCCUUUGUUGGCCGGUCAAAAUCUGGCAUGACACUUCCAGACUUCGUUGCAUUGACACGGGAAACGAUUAGACUAACAGAAUUACAACAGGACCCGCGGUAUCCCAGGGGCCUCGGUGUGAGGACAGACAACGCCCAAUCUGUAAUAGUAGUACCUAUUCUGGACGGCAAAGAAGGCAUCAUGGGGGUGAUAGAAAUGUUUAGAUAUUACGGAAAUAUACCAUUUAGCUCAGAAGAUGAAGAGGUCGCGGCAUCCUUGUUAGUAUGGGCAGAUAUGUUUGUGGAGUAUGUCGAGCUGUAUAACAGUAUGGCGAAGCAAAGGAAACUAAACGACUUUCUUUUGGCCGUUACAAAGUCAAUAUUCCAAGAUAUCGUCAGUAUGGAUACGGUUAUAAUGAAAAUCAUGAAUUACGCAAAAAAGCUUGGAAACGCCGACAGGGCAUCACUAUUCCUGCUAGACUCAAACACAAACGAGUUGUACGCAAGGAUAUUUGACACAGGAAAAGCUGACGAAAAAGUUCCGAAAAAAGAAAUCAGGUUUCCUAUGGAUAAAGGAGUUGCUGGCUUUGUUGCUACCACUGGAAGUAUACUGAAUAUAUCAGAUGCGUACAACGAUUCUCGGUUUAACAGGGAUGUGGACCAGCAGACAGGGUACCGUACAAGUAGUAUUCUCUGUAUGCCGAUAUACAUACGUGGCAGCAUCAUUGGUGUCGUACAAAUGGUUAACAAGAUGGAUGGAAUUUUCAACAGAGCUGACGAGGAAUCCUUCGAAACGUUUGCUAUUUACUGUGGGUUAGCUCUACAUCAUGCAAAGCUGUACGAUAAGAUCCGUCGUUCUGAGCAGAAGUUCAAGGUCGCCUUAGAUGUGUUGUCCUAUCACAGCCAAGGAAGUGAGGAAGAGUAUGCAGCAGUCAAGUCGAUUCAGAUACCGAAGCAGCUUCCGGAGAUUAUCGAUUUCGAUUUCUCUCCAUGGUCAGUCACCAAUGAUCACAAGCCAGUGUACGUGCUUUACAUGAUCAGGGAUAUCUUUGAAGGCACACGUGGAGGAGAAAAUGAGAAAAGAUACGACAUCAAUGACAUAGUACGGUUUACGUUGACCGUGCGCAAGAACUACCGCAAUGUACCUUACCACAACUGGGCGCACGCUUUCUCUGUAGCCCAUGCUAUGUUCACGGUGCUCAAAACAGCCAAACAUGAGUUCUCUCCCUUCGAGAGUCUCGCGUUGUUUGUAGCGUGUCUUUGCCAUGACCUGGAUCACCGAGGAAAGACUAACGCGUUCAUGGUGAAGAGUGCGUCGCCAUUGGCAUCCAUCUAUUCUACCUCGACAAUGGAGCACCACCACUUCAACCAUACGAUAACAAUACUGCAGAAUGAAGGCCACAAUAUUUUCAAACAUUUGUCUUCUGAAGAGUACAAACACAUGCUAGGCGAUAUCCGUCAUUGUAUCCUAGCAACGGAUCUUGCUUUAUUUUUCACCAACCGUGCCCGCCUUCAGGAAAUAGCAGACCGGGAUGAAUUCACAUGGGACAAUAGAGAACACAGACGACUCCUCAUGGCCAACUGCAUGACCGCCUGUGAUCUGUGUUCUAUGUACAAACCCUGGGACAUCCAACUUGACCUAGUCUACGUCAUAAUGGAAGAGUUCUGGCAACAGGGUGACGAGGAAAGGUCACAGGGGAUGACCCCUAUGCCGAUGAUGGACAGACAAAAGCAGCAUGAGUUGCCACAUUUAGAGGUCGGCUUUCUGGUUGGGAUAUGCCUCCCCUGUUAUGAACUGAUGGGUAAGAUACUUCCAGAGACCAUGCCGAUGGCAAAUGGUGCAAAAGACAAUCUAAGGAGAUGGAAAGAACUGGCUGAGCAGCAGAAACCCGAAAAUCAACCCAAAGAGGAAAAUUCGACAAAACCUCCAGAGGAAGAAGAAAAUUGUCGGACUCGUCAGAGAAAGAAAAUAAUGUGAAAGAGGAGACAUCUAAUGUGUCGGAGUCCAAGGGUAAUGAUUCGACGCAUGGUGAUUCCGAUAUUGACUCGAAAACAAAUAUAGAAACAGUGGGAAAUUUGAAAGAAUCUAGUGAAACGGAAAGGGAUUUAAAAACGAUGGAAAAAACGUCAAACAUUAGUUGACAUGAUGACGAUUGAGAAAUGGAUUGUGCUUGUGUAUUAUCUCAGUAAGAGACGUGAUGACAACAAACACUAAUGGAUAAAUACACAUUACCUCAUAUGGCAAAACAUAAUUAUAUUUAGAUGUUUAUGGCGUAGACAUGACGUAAAUAUGACGUCAUAUUUGCAUUCUGUGUGAAACGGUGGUGAAUAAAUGUGGAAUAUGUGAUUAUGAAUGCCGUAAAUGAUAAAGUAUCUCCUGUUUUACAUUGUUUAAUUAGUAUUCUACGACAUACUGAUGAGCUGAUACUGAUCAUAUACAUACAUAUGCUUUUAUUUUUUCGCCAAAAUUAGGACAGCGUCUGAUUUCAUGACAAAUGAUAAUUUUGUAGCCAUUAGUAAACAUUACAACACUUAAUCGAUUUACUUUUUCAUAUUUAUUGACAGGUAUCAUUUAAGUCUAACUACAAAAGUCUAUUUUUAUUAUUUUAUAUUUAUAAGGAAAAGGUAAAAACUGAAAACGAUAAUAUAUCAAAUAUGACGUCAUUGGACAUCGUUCCUAUUGUAGUAUCUAUGUUUUCUAUUGUCUUGUGAUCAGCCUUACUGUCGUAAUGUGUUAUUCGAUAUAUUAAGAUUAGAGGACUUUUCAUUGAGGGAUGUGCUUAUUGAUCUCAUUUUAAUUUUGUGGUGUUACCUCAUUACUGAUACGCAAUUAUCACGUAUAUAGACAGGAUACUCAACUCAUCAUGUAUUAUUUUCUACAUUUCUUUCAGAAAUUAAAUUUCCGAAAAAACGAUAUUGAACGAUUUCGUUAAGCAUUGUAUAAUAAUGGUAUGAUGUGGAUGCUUUGACAUCUCGUUUUGUACAGUUAUACGUCACGUCUCAAGCUACAUAUCCCAUCAUAUAUCAUUGGACGUCAUCUAUUUCAUUAAUACCGAACCAGUGAAUUAUAAUAAGCUGGUCUUUUAUCUUUUUUUAUAUAAAAUAACUUGUAUUCUUGUAGAAUUUCCGUUGUAUUUUAUUUUACAUGUUUUCUGAACUGAAAUAAUUACGUAUGAAACGUGUUAUAGUUGUCAUUAGCAUAUUUGACUGUGAUAUGUAGGUGUAAUAUUAUCAUUGACGUUACUUUACAUUUGUAUAUAAAUCACAUGUAACGAAAUUAUUGUACACUUUCUAUACUUGGUGAUUAAUUCACCAAUAAAAUGAAAACAACUGAUUAUUUUGAACUAAGGAAUUUUUUAAUUCUGUGUUGAUACAUCAGCUCUUUCACUGACUAUCUGAACCACACAUCGUUUACUUUUGAAGUUCAUCCAACGCAACGCUUGAUAUCAAUAACUUUAAAAUAUUGAAAUCUGAAAUCGUCAUCACAAUGGUUUUUUAACCUUCAAUCAAAUGUUAAACGAAGAGAAAAACAAAACAAAAACAUGGUAUCUCGUUUGUCUCCUCUGUGGAAUAACAUGUGAGUAUUGAUGGAAUGUUACAGACACAUAUCAUACACAGUUCGCUUUCAGUAUUGUAUUGUUAAAACAUUUCAAGUUAUCCGGCUGUUGUUAAUAAAUUAUGCUUAUAUUUAAGCUUUUGAUAGGCAGGGAUAUGCUGCUUUACAUUCUACUAAUAUUAUUGUUUUGAAAGCAUUGAAGCACAGUCCGCUUAUGUAUGCUAUACAUUGUUCUUAGAUUGAAAUGUUUAGAGACCUAAUUUGCAAGUACGAAGGAGUUUUGUUAAUCAGGUGAUUUCCUAAUAUAGUAUGUUAUCAUGUAGGAUUGCUUUUAAAUAUCCGUCCAUGAAGCUAUGAAUCAGUGAUUAUCGUGCAUAACCUAGAGAUAGUGUUCAUGUAUUCUCUAUCGUGCAAUUAAAGUCAUUAAUAUAGCGUAGUAGGUUAAUUAAUGCUCAAAACAAACAGGGAAAUAUGAAAUAUUCGCCAUGAUGAAUACAUCUGUUCCCUGGUGUUAGAAAUCAUAAUACAUUUCAUUACCCGAGAUUAGAUUGGAUAAUUCGACUAUCAAUAGACAGUAAGCGCGUUUGAUAUUAAAUGUUGAAUUAUUUUACUUGAACAAAUGUUAACGUCAUUUCAUUUGAUUAUAUAAGAUAAUUAAUUGUAACAAUACGUUGGAUAUACACUAUCCUGUUUAUAAAACUGUUACAGUUUAAGUUCCAAUCUGAUAGAAACAUAUUAAGUUUUAUAUCAGAUUGGUUAACAAUUUGAAAUGUUAGGUGUUUUGUUAGAUAUUUCGUGCUACAGAGUAUAGAAUGCCAAGGUCAUGUUUGUCCGGGUCACGUUAUCAUGAAAUCGUUACGAAUAAAUUAUUUUGCUAUUAA